AUGAAGCUAUCGAGCAAUGAGCCAUAUUCAUUGCCAGAACAGUUUCAUUGGGACACAUUAAAUUUGGAAGAUCCCUUGGUUUUAAAGGAGCUUUACACACUUUUAAAUGAAAACUAUGUAGAAGAUGAUGAUUCAAUGUUUAGAUUUGAUUACCAACCACAAUUUUUAAAAUGGGCUCUACAACCGCCAGGCUGGAAGAAAGAAUGGCAUGUUGGAGUUAGAGUUGAAAAAAAUGAUCGUUUGGUAGGAUUUAUAUCGGCUAUUCCUGCUCAGCUUAGAGUUUACAAUCGUACCCAGCAAAUGGUAGAAAUAAAUUUUUUGUGCGUGCAUAAAAAAUUACGUUCUAAAAGAGUUGCUCCGGUAUUGAUCAGAGAAAUAACAAGGCGCGUUAAUCUUCAUGGAAUAUUUCAGGCAGUUUACACGGCAGGAGUUGUCUUGCCAAAACCUGUAGGAACAUGCAGGUACUGGCACAGAUCUCUCAAUCCAAAGAAAUUGAUUGAAGUUAAAUUCAGUCAUCUUUCUCGUAACAUGACCAUGCAAAGAACAUUGAAAUUAUAUAGAUUACCAGAUACAACAAAAACCCCAGGGUUUAGAAAAAUGGUGCCUGAUGACAUAUUAGAGGUUCAUAAAUUAUUAAAUAAAUAUUUAGAGCGAUUCGAUUUAGUCCCCGUAUUUACCGUUGAAGAAGUUAGACAUUGGUUUACUCCACAAUCUGGUAUUGUGGAUGCUUUUGUAGUACAAGAAAAUGGAAAAAUUACUGAUUUUGUAAGUUUCUACACAUUGCCUUCUACUAUAAUGCAUCAUCCCGUUCAUAAAUCAUUGAAAGCCGUUUACAGUUUUUAUAACGUGUCCAACAAAACGCCGUGGACGGAUUUAAUAAACGAUGCAUUGAUAUCAGCUAAAAAUAUGGGUUUAGAUGUGUUCAACGCUCUUAACAUAAUGGAUAAUAAAGAAUUUUUGGAACCCCUUAAAUUUGGAAUCGGGGAUGGUAAUUUACAAUAUUAUUUGUAUAAUUGGAGGUGUCCGGCUAUUUUGCCUGAAAAAAUUGGGCUUGUUCUUCAGUAA